AUGCCCCCCCAUCUCCCCGUACACAGCUCUUUCAUUUGCCGUCCAAAUAGUCCUUGUCGUUUAAGCCCCAUCACAAAGCUGACACCCUUCAUCUACCAUUUUUCCUCGUUUCUUUUGCUCUUCAAUUUUUCUCUAGGUUUUGUUUUCAUUUUUCCGAAUUCUUCCGUUUCGUUUGCCUUUUUUCUUUUCUUUUUUUUUGCCGUUUUUAACUUUCUUUCUAUUUUUGUUAUCCUGCAUUUUUUAGCUUUUAAUUGCUUACUUUUUAUUUUGUUUAAUUUUGCCUUCCAGUUCCUCUCUUAUAAUUGUUUCCUUCUUGUUUGUUUUUUUCUUCCUUUCCCUUUCUUUUCUUGUAAACAAAAGCUCUCCCUAUCUUUUCUUCCCGUCGCCUACUCUUGUUACGCUUCUAUCAUUUCUUUUUCUCUGUCUUACCACGUGAAAGCCACCUCUUUGCCACCCGUUACCUUGCUAAUCAAACCAACAUUUUUCUUCUUUUGUCGGCAAAUUCCGGAAUCCUCUUUAAGAUUGCUUUUAUUUGCAGACUAA